AUGGCUCCCACAUUAUCAUCCAAGAUCCAGCGAUCUGCUAUCGUGCUGUCCUCCACCGCAGUCAGAAUCCCGACACGCAUUGCGGUAUCACCAGCUGCGGCCUUGCACCGAGCUAUCUCCACACGGACAAGAGGACUGGUUACUUCCCAGAACCGUCAUCUAGUACCAUCAUGCAGUCUCCAAACCAAGUCAUUCCAAAACAAGAGUCCGCGCCAAGUGCAGACGCGCUGGAACAGCGAUGAGGCUAGCCCAGUCAAACUCCAGGAAUGGGGAUUCGAAGAUAUCAACGCCGCCCUCCCAACCUCAACCCCCAACUCCCCAACCCACAAGCCCAUAAUCCUCAUCGACGUGCGCGAGCCCGCCGAACUCCAAGGAACGGGUAUAAUCCCAUCAGCAGUGUCCAUCCCGCUAGCAUCACAGCCCGAUGCAUUGUACCUCACGCCAGACGAGUUCGAGACCCGGUUCGGGUUCGCUAAGCCUGAUCCUACAGAGAGCGAGGGCGAGCCUGCGCAGAUGGUCUUCUAUUGCAAGGCUGGAGUGCGGGCUAAGACGGCGGCGCAGAUGGCUGUGCAGGCUGGAUAUGACCCUGCUAAUAUUGGGGUUUAUGCGGGUAGUUGGUUGGAUUGGGAGAGGAAUGGGGGGAAGGUUGAGAAAUGGGAGGGUGAUGACUUUUGA